AGCCGCUCCUCAGCCGGUCCCAGUGUUUUGGUGCAUAGAGGAAAAGCUCGUAUUGGCAAUGCAUUUAAAACUAAAAGCAUACUGCUUCGGUGUUCCACUUCUUUACACCUUAUUGACAAUAAGUUUAUUUUCAUUAGACUGCUGUGAGCCAUUCCUACCUGCUCAUUCCUUCCAACCGACCUCUAGUUCUGAUCCUUAUAAUGUCCAGAACAGCGUUUUAAUGACGAGGGUCCCCAGCAACCCCUCCAUAAGUGCGGUCACACUCUGGUCUUACCUCAGCGGCUCAAGGAGCGAAAAGCUUGCAAACAGUGACCGGACAAAGACGAAGCCCCCUGAAACCGAGUCAGAGUUGGGAACUGAAGGCAGAAUGGCGUCUUCUUCAAGUUUAACACCCCGCUACAAACGGAGGCGAACGGGGGGAGAGAGGCUAUUUAUUUCGCACAAGCUUCCGGAUGGGAACUGCAGCAGAGGGACCAUCAAGCAUGUAGUCCCCGGGAAGUUUUAUAUCACCGGUCAGCUGGAAACAAACCACCGACAUGGAGCCUAUCAGUCAGAUUCUGCUGCCACAGUCCGGGCUCGGGAGGCGAGCAACAUUGGUCAGCAUCUUGGCGGCUCUGUUGAGAGCUGGCAGAAACUGGAGCCUUCGGUGGAGUGUGGAGAUGAUGCCAUGACCCUGACUGUCAGGAGGAAAAGAGCCAUACAGUUACUGCUGGAUCAAGUGAAUGGUUCAUCGUUGCCCCUGGCCCAGCUACCUCAACAGUGUGGUUACUCAGUUCGAAGCUCAUGGAAAGACCUCACUCUGAUGGCUCAGUAUGAUGCCUGUCAUGUCAUUCGAGAGGAUGACGGCUAUGUGUUACCUCUGCUGUGGAUGGGGAUUCCGGUCAAGGUUUUCUGCCCGGUCUCUCACCUCGAACCUGAAGGUGAGGGGCCGUCCUCCCUCUGCUGCUACCCAAAUGGCAUGACUGUCGAACUGCGAGGACCGUUGGCUAUGAAGAACACGCACAUAAAUGUGAGGGGAGAAUGGACCCCUUUGGGGCUGUUGGUUGAACAGUGUGGUUACACUUUGGAGAGACGAGCCGCAGAGACAGUCAUUGCAGUCCCAUUCAUUACUUGCGGUACAACUGUAAAGGAUGGAAAAAGCACACUUCUGCUUAGAAUGGGAAAGGAGAUAUUCAUGCUGGCUUGUCCUAACCCUGCCUUUCAAGUACCCACAGCUACCCAUGAGUCUCUGGCUGACGGCUCUCCUGAUCUUACCAGAACGUUGCCAAAACCAAAGCUUGAAUCCCUGGGUCCUUUCCUAUUUGUGCCACCCUUCUACUUGGCUCCACCUUACCAUCCUCACCCAACAUAUCACUAUAGUUAUUUUCAACAUAAAGAACAGGACUCGUACAAGCCUCCUCCUCAUUCUUUGGCUUCUAAGGCUGACCCUACAUCCCAGCUAAGCUCUCAGGACCAUUACUACCAGCAGAUUUCUCUUAAAGAUGCAUAUGAACACUUCAUGACCCAAAAGCCUCUUUCAUCUAAAGAUCAGUUGAAAAGUUCAGGUUCGUUUCAUAAAGAUAAAAAACAAACUCAUGUAGCUCCCCUCUCGGAUCUCUCAAGGAACAGUGUGACUCCUACAGGCCUGCCAGUUCAGGUUGAAGCUCCUCAUUUCCAGCAUCCAAAUCAUGAUUUUGGCUCAUUUUACCACUACUACCAUUACCCCAAAAUCCCUUUUCCUGGCACACCUCAGGGCCUAGGUCCAGGUGUUCGUGGACCACGAACCUCUGAUUCUCAGAACCAUCAACUUCCUUCCAUGCUUCCUGAUAUCCAGCAGCCCCAGGGUCUCAAAGAGGGCACAAAGCAGGUUUCUUCACCUGUAACCACCCAAACGAAAAACAAAGUGACAGCAGUUCAUUCACCUUACCUUCCUCAGCCUUUUCCAUACCAUUUUUAUUUCUACCCACAUAUUACAAUGGGUGAGGCUAAAAGACUUGGGCUUUUCCAUUUAGACUGGGCUGCAAAAGCAAACAUGUCCUCAUCUCACCCUGCUGAACUUGCAAAUCAGGAAAAACAAAAUGUUAUUCCCAACCGAAAUAAGCCAGAUAAAGAGACUGAUGUUCAGCCCAGUUUUAGCUCAAGGCUACAGGGCAACGAUGGCAACAAACGUUCUUCCUCUGUGACUCCUACAGUUCAGUCUCCAGCCCCACAAAGACCAGAUCCAGUCGCAGUCCCUCCUGACAAACCAGUUAUUCCCACGCCAGGAUUUACACAUAAUGCUGAUCCCUACAAGUACUAUUACCAUCCCUAUUAUAACUACUACCUAAAGUAUUAUGCGCCAGAAGCUUUGCGUGGUGUGUACAACCAUCUGGCUCAAACAUCAGUUCAGCAACCUUCCCAUUCUAAAUAUCAAACCAGUUCUCCUUCCUCUGAACCUGUUUAUGGCAGUCACAAUAGACUGAUGUUUCCUUACUAUUAUUUCAAUCUCAACUAUCUGCCUCAGCUGUUCAGAUACUACCAGAAGCAAAAUCAUCCAGGCAGUAAAGACUCAGAUAAAGGCUCUACAUCUCUGCUUUCCUCAAACUUGGAUUAUGCUGAACUGCAGAGGUUUCCUCGUGCUUCUGAGGGGGGUCAAUCAGGUCCCCAACUAUCACUGUCCAACACCUUUAAUCCACCUUACUCUAACUAUAUCACUUGGCACCCCAGAGGACAUGGGGCUAAAGAAAAGCUGGAUGACUUUAUGAGAGAUGGCCCAGCAGGGCUAGAUUUUGUCUUGGCUGUGCCUGACUCUUUAUUGGAUCCCUUAGCGGCCCUACCUGCUCCUUCCUCUGGAGACAGGAAGUUGUCCUGCAUGCUGCAGAAGUGUUCCUCAGAUCCUGACAUCUACAUUGUUCCUCUGGAUGGCUGCAGGGUAAACAAAGAUAUGUCUGGUCAGAAAAUGAUUCAUGAGUCAGAAGUCCAAGGUAUCCUGUCAAACAGGGACAGAGGUUAUUUCCCUGUAAGGUUGAUGGUAGGAUGCAGCUCCCCCUCAGGUUCACAUGGUCAAGUUAGGCUGCAUAAGGCUGGCCGAUCUCAUCUGCCCUCCACUGCACCAACACCAUCAGUUGUUACUGUGGUACUGAGAAUUGCAACAGAUGCGUCCUUUGCCAAGUUCUACCCUAAAGCUCAUCUGCCCAUUAGCCUCAUGCAGGGAAAACCUGUUCAUGUGGAGCUGAGACUGCUGGGACCUGCAGAGUCCAACCUGGUGCUUCUGGUUCACUCCUGCCUGGCUUACACUUUAACUCCAGAUGUCAACUGGAUGCUUUUUUACGAUUGUUGUAGCAGCCAGAGUGUUUCACAGAAGCUGCCUUCCCCAGACCCUCGGCACAUCUGGAGGCUUAAAGUUUCCAGCUUCCCUUCCCUGCCUCCACCUAGCUACACCUACAUGGCUCAUGGAGGGCCAUCUGCACCGGAAGAUCCAGAGGUUUACUUUUUAUGCAAUACAGAACUCUGCUCAACUGUUUAUGGUGAUUGUGGAUUGAGCUGCAACAAAGGACCCAACGCUGAUGUAAAUCGAUAAAAUAAAGACACUUUUACACAUC